AUGCAUGCAGCAACUCUUGGGCCAUUUCGCCCUAUUAGCUGGAUAUUACCGCUUCUGCUAUUGUUAUCGAGCGCUUGGGCAUUCUAUAUUCCAGGUUACUCAGUCACUCGAUAUAACGAUGACCAGCCAAUUCCGCUCCUCGUGAACAAAAUAUUCUCCGAUCAUACACAACUCCAGUAUGCCUACUUUGACUUGCCGUUUGUCUGCCCACCGAGCGGUAAGAGCCAUGGCGGAUCACCAUUCGGGUCUGGCCAGAGUAUUUCCCUCAACCUGGGCGAAGUGUUGCGCGGAGAUCGUAUAAUGACUUCUGAUUUUGAGCUUGCCAUGGGCAAGGAUGUUGAAUGUCAAGCGCUUUGCACCCGCGAAAUCAGCCGCUCCGAAGUAAAGUGGGCCCGCCAGCUUAUCAAAGAGAACUAUGUCAUUGAAUGGAUCGUGGACAAUUUGCCUGGAGCAACCAGCUUCGUGACAGUUGAUCGAAGUCGCAAGUACUAUGCUUCUGGAUUCAAAAUGGGCUAUCGUGAUAUCUCAGCGGCUACCGGUCAGCCACGCUACUUCAUCAACAACCACUUUACCAUCGUCAUCCGCUGGCGGGGCGCCCCGGAGGGGGGUAAGGUCAUUGUCGGCUUUGAGGUUUACCCAAAGAGCGUGACCGCCGCGGACAGAAAGGAAGAUGGGUGCCCAAGGGCUGUGCACAAGGACACCGAGGGUCUCGGUCUCUAUAUUCCGCCCGACAUGUCGCGACUUCGAGAGAAGUAUGGCGGACUUUCCUAUAUUCCUGAAGAUGACGAUGAAGACGAUGGUACGACACUGAAAGUUCCGUACACGUACUCGGUUUACUUUCGAGAAGAGACCAAGGUUGAAUGGGCAAACCGCUGGGAUCUCUAUUUCACGAAUCAAGAAGAAGGAUCGAUGACCCACUGGCUGGCAAUCAUCAACUCUCUGACUAUCUCCACAGUACUUGGAGUAACAGUGUUUGUCAUCUGGAGCCGUACUGUCCAGGGUGACGUUAAGGGUCGUGGUGAUGGUGCCAUGGAAGACCGUAAAUCGAAGGUGCAGCCUCGACGGAAGCGCUCUGGUGAAAAGAAGAAUGAAGGGCUAUUGGACAAUGCCGAUGUCGAGAAUGACGCAGACAUGUCCUCGGAUGAUGAACCUUUUGAGGACAAUAGCGGUUGGAAGCUAUUGCACGGCGAUGUCUUCCGAAUCCCAGCCUACAGUGGACUUUUGGCUCCCCUUGUAGGCUCCGGUAUGCAACUACUGUUCAUGGCCACUGGUCUUCUUGUUUUAAGCUGCCUGGGUAUUUUGAAUCCGAGUUUCCGGGGUGGAUUCGUCAGCGUUGGUAUGGGCCUAUUUGUUUUUGCUGGACUUUUCUCCGGCUACUUCUCUGGAAGGCUCUACAAGACUUUUGGGGGAUCCACCUGGCGCAAGAAUACCCUAAUUACUGCUUUGCUAUUCCCUGGCCUCUCUUUCUUCCUCGUUCUCAUACUAAACCUAUUUGUCUGGGCUCAGGCUUCUAGUACUGCAAUUCCUUUCGGCACUCUGGUCGGGCUUCUUGCACUCUGGCUGCUCAUUCAAGUCCCCCUAGUGUACAUUGGCAGCUGGGCUGGUUACGUGCGUGCAUCUCCAUGGGAGCAUCCUUUAAAGACAAAUGCCAUUCCCCGUCAGAUCCCGACUCAGCCAUGGUACCUGCGCAGCCCCGCAGGCCCCUGCUCACCGGAUAAGAGUGGCUACUACUAUGUCUUUGGUUUCUUGAGCGUGGUCUCGGUGGUGCUGAUGGUGACUGUCAUCGAAGUGACUGUAAUUGCCACCUACAGCCAGCUCUGCUCUGAGAAUUAUCACUGGUGGUGGCAGAGCUUCCUGACUGGUGGUAGCAGUGCAUUCUGGGUUUUCGCCUAUUGCAUCUGGUACUACAUGUUCAAGCUCCACGUUUCCGGCUUUGUCUCUGGGCUGUUAUUCUUCAGUUACAGCUUUCUUGCCUGUGCUGUGUAUGGUCUGCUCACUGGUACUGUCGGCUUCUUGGCCGCUUAUGUCUUUGUUCGCCGUGUCUACAGUGCUAUCAAGGUUGAUUAA